AUGAAGGGUUUCCUACGCUCGCUGGGCAGUAGCCGCCGCUCUAGUCCCGGCGAUGAUAGCGAACAGGACUAUCCCGAUGACUCACCAGAGGCCAUUCUGCUGCGUGAAAUGAAAACCUUUUGCGAAGCCAGCAACCAGCCCGGUACUCAGCAAGGAAACGAGUUCGUCCAUCUUCCGCGCAUUGUCGAGACCGCCGAAUCGAGUCCCGCCGCUGCCAAAGAAGCCGCGCAUCGCAUCCGCAAAUACCUCUCCAACCCGAGCAACACCCCGAACCACGUCCAAUACAAUGCCAUUAUGCUCAUGCGCAUUUUGGCUGAUAACCCGGGUCACAGCUUCACGCGUCACUUUGACGCCAAGUUUUGCACCACGAUCAAAGAGCUACUGCGCAAUGGCCGGGACUGGCAUGUGCAGCACUAUUUGCGCCAGUACCUAGCCCAGCUGGAGACGAACCGACACUGGGAUGAUGACCUGCAACUGUUACUGCAGACGUGGGCUAAGGAGAAGGCAAAGGGAGGCCGGUCCUUUAUGGAUCGAUAUCCCACUGCAUCCGCGAUGCAAGCAAAUGGGCCCAUGGGACAAUAUCCAGUCCCGCAACCCAUGCGCGCACCAGCGCCGGCUAGAAGCCUGCCAGACCCGGGCGAGCUGGCUGCGCGUAUCGAGGAGGCGAAGAACUCGGCCAAGCUGCUGACGCAGUUUGUUCAGACAACGCCGCAGGCCGAGUUGGAGGAGAAUGAUCUGAUCAAGGAAUUCAUCGACCGGUGCCGGACCUCGUCGCGAUACCUGCAGGGUUAUAUCCAUUCGACCAACCCGGCUCCGGAUGAGGAGACCCUUCUUACUCUGAUCGAGACUAAUGACGAGAUCUCCGUCGCGUUGUCUCACCAGCAGCGCGCUAUGCUGAAGGCGCGCAAGGCUCGCGGGUCGUCCACCCCAACUUCCAAUAUCAACAGUCCAGCUUCGCCAGCCAGCGAGGUCGUAGCAUCGGGCGGUAUAGGCGCACGCCCCGCUGCUGCCGCUGCAGUGGCUACUUCUGUUUCCACAGAACAAACUCCCGGAGUUGAGCCAACAAAACGUGAAUCAAGAAGCCCCGAGGAGCAAUCUGCGCCCGUGGUGGAGCUUCCUUCCACAUUUACUGUGAACCGGUCGACCGCCCUCCGCAGCAACCCCGAGGAAUAUGACUAUAAAUCGUCCGAUUUCGAGGUGCAGAAUCCGUUCGCCGAUGAAAAUGCGGCGAGCGACUCGGACGCAGAGCGGCAUCCGCCACAUGCCACCACGACAGCCACCUCCACUGAUGGACGUGUGCGUGUCCAGCCUAGUGAGCAGGAGCGUUAA